AGAAAGAAAAAAAAGUAUAAACUUAAUGUACUAUUAGGCAGUUCCUUGGUUGAACUAAUAGUGAAACUUUGGAGUAACUGGAAGUGGCCUUACAUACCUACAACCACCUCUCCUCUAACAUUGAAGGACCAGGCAUCAACUGAACUGCCAAAUCAAAGAAAUCAAUGCAGAAACAUGAGUUUUAUGCCAACAACAAGUGAAGAUCUAAAGCUGAACACAAUGACAGAGAACAUUGCUACAUUGCAGAAAGCCCUUCAACGUAUCACUGAUGCUAAAAGACAGUUGGGCAGGAAUACCACAGAGGCCAAGUCUAGAAUACAGUGUAACAUCAGUCGUCAGCUAGAGAGCCUACGUAACAGGGAGGUGUGGCUGUUGAACCAGUUGGAUGUAGUGUCUAGUGCAAAAGAGGAGGUUCUACAACAGCAGUCAGCUCGCCUCAACCAGACUCUUGGAGUGCUACAGAGUGCAGUCCAGUUUCCAAACAACAGCAGUGAUAACAUUGUCAGGCUGGAUCUAGGAGAUGUUCAUCCUGAGGAGACCCCCUAUGUAUGUUUCAAGUCAGACCCCAGCAGUCUCAGAGAUGCCAUCAUGAAUUAUGGUCGUAUUGACCCAAACAGUGCUCCACCCCUCACUUCCCCAUUCAUGGCUGCAGGCCAGUCAGCGCCCAGUCUGCCAAAACAGUUUGAGGACUACAAUGAUGCGGAGCACCAUGUUCUGUACAAGACUGUGGAGGAAAUCAACAGAACAAAGACCAGCGAGCCGUGUGUGCAAGUCAAUAUACCAAAGUUGUCUGGCAGGAUUGAAGACUGGCUACUGUACCCAUCUGGUAGUACUUCAGUGAACUCUGACCCAAGGUUUACCUUUCCACAACUUUCAAACAACCUUUCUGAUUGGCUGAGGGCUCCUAUCUCUAUGACAACAUCGUCAAAGCCAGCACCUGUGGUGACUUCAUUGAAACAGAAGACGUUGACACCAGUUGAAGGUAUAUCAACUGAUGCAAGUAUCAAAACAUGGCUGCACAAGAUAAAGCAGAGUCCACACGAGGAGGAGGAAGAUGAUUACGACUUUGUGGAGGAAAUGUCAGAUACGAGAACACAGUGUAGCUUGGAUACCUUGGAGCAAUUCUCAGAGGACCAUGAGAAAUGGCUCCACAGAGCUGAUGACUUUGACAUUGACACUGACCCACAGGUUCAUAUACAGGUAAUGUCUCAGCCAAUGGAUAAAUGGUUGCUGAAGUCGAGUCACAUGGAGUACAGAUGUGAGGAGCCAGCUGUGAUUGACAUGAGUCGCUACUUGAAGAAAGUCACAGAUGAAUUAGAUCAAUGGCUCUUCCACCGUGCAGCAGGCAAACAAGGCAGUGACAGUGGUGUUGAAAUGGAAAGCCCCAUCAGUGAACGCCUGCGACCCAUUGUACCAUCAUCCCUGGAUCUGACCUGGUCAGUUGGCAGUCAUUUGUCAAGAGCAGACAACCCUUGGAUUCACAGGUCAAGGACAAGUACAAGGUCCAGCAGUUCAUUCUCACCAGUUUCAAGCAGAAGUUCAAGCUUCUCCAGCGUAUCCUCCAAGCUCUGUAAUUACAACAAAUGGUUGUUAAAGGGAGACAACUCUGAGGAUUCCUGUCCCUCAUUGGGUAUUUUCUGUCCAAUCAUGGACAAAUUUGAAAAGGAUAUGGCUGAUGUAUCCUGGAUUAAAUCUGAUAAAAAGAACUCGACACAAAAAAGUGAUAAUCCACUUUCACGUUAUGAUGCAGAAAAUUUUGAUCCUGCAGUGUGGCUGAAGCCCCAGGUAACUACAAGCAGCACAUUCUCUGAUGUAGAUUCUCCCCUAAAGAAAGUGAUUGAGUUCCAGAAAUCCUCCAAUAGUUCAUUUUGGAUUUUAGAUUGCCAGCAGAAAGCUGAGUCACAUCCACCAUGUUUUGAGAAGAUGCUAGAUAAGGGAGGCAAUCAGUGGUUGUUUCAGCCAUUCAAACCUAUUGUUGAAGGUGAUUUGGUAGAAGAAGAGUUAUGCUAACAGAUAACUGAUGUUACGUUACUUUUAUGCUUUCUUUAUUCUUAACUACUUAUAUAAUACUUUCAGUAAAUGAAUUUGAACAUUUAAACGUUGUAUAUAAACUAAAUUGUAGGUUGAGGAACCUCAUCAAUGCAUUUGUUAUUCAGAGUACAUAUAUACAGGAUUGUUCUAAUCUGAAAGUGAUUUAAUUGUUCAUUCACAACAAAUCAUAAGAGAUAUAAUUAUCAAUAGCUGUAGUACAGUAGUAUGUUUGUUGUGUAAUACACUUGUACAGACAGUUGAUUUCCGUUUUAAAUCUAGAACACUUGAUAACAUUAAUGUCAAAAAUAAACCUCUAAACAUGUGAUACAAUAGUGCUUUCUUUUCAGUAUGCUUUGUCGUGAAUAUAUUUUACGUUUACUAGCGUUUGAAUUAUCUCUAGUUGUUGUUUUUACAGCAGUGUGGUUGGAUGAUAUUUGUAAAUAGUUUUGUAUUCCAAUUUUCAUACACUGAGGGCAAGGGAGUGAUGGUUGUUUCUCUACUUUUGGAAUUUUUGAAGAUUUUUUGAAAAAGAAAAUCUCAUGUUGAAAUUUUACAAAAUGGCAAACCUACUUGGCUAUUAGUUGGUUAUUAUUUAUGGUUCUUUUAUGAAAUUUUGUUGAACAUGGUUCCUUAUAUAAAUUGAUUGACAGGUCAUGGUUUGUGCUAAAAUGACUGGUCUAAAGUUAACACGUAUGACAUUCUGUGAUGUAAUGUAAUAAAACUCUUAUUGAAUGCUUGCAGCUAGAUAGUUAAAACUAUAUGCUGUCUGUUAAGCCAUUCAGUAAGUAUAUAAUAUUGUAUUAUUUUAGUUACUUUUAAACAAUGCUCCUUGAGAAAUUAUAUAUUGGGAUUCUAUACAGCAUUGGAAAUAACCUCGGAAAAUAUAUUGAGAAACUACGCAUUGUCUCUGGUUUCCCAAUGAGUCAGCAGAAUCCCACCAAUCAAUAGUAUGUAAACUAGACAAUAGUUAAUUGUUUUUACAAGAUGUGAUGCUCAGAACAGCACAGAAAAAAAGUGAUUUUAAGUAUCUUGACCAAGUCUUGCUAUAAUCUCAUUGGGUGAACAGAAAAGGGAAAAAAAAUACAUUAUAGUAAGCUAAAAAAAUUCUUAUUUGAAAGGUCUCAAACUUGUUUACUAAUGUUUAGUCAAAAUCACUGUAGACAGUUUGACCAUACGGAUACAUUGUUUAAUAUCUCUCCCAGACUGUUGUAAAUAGUAUGUAUCAUUUGUUAUAUGAUUUUAAAGUGUUCAGUUUUAUUUUUAUCAAAUAUUAUUCGUUUAUUUCUGUUUCUUACUUUACAUUUCAGUUGAUUAUGUAUACAUUAAAUAUUCUUGUUUGAAAAUUCAUUAUAUCAGAAUAUUACAUAGCCAGUUAUAACUGCAUUGAUUUAUGUAGGCAUUGUAAUGGUUUCCUUAUAUACCUGAAUAUCUCCCUGCACUGUUCUGUUUUUAAUCAGUGGAAUAAAACAAUAUUUUAAAUAUG